UUGUUUUCCAGUUGGCAGGUGUGUCAGCUUCAGUGAUCUCUAACUGGCUGUAACUCUGGAGUGUGAUGGUUUCUGCGUCUGAUUGAUGUUUUAGAGCUGCAUCAUCAAACGUUACUGCGAGAAGAGGUUCGUCCCCAAAUACCUGGCUACGAUCGGCAUCGACUACGGCGUCACCAAAGUUCAGGUCCGCGACAGAGAAAUCAAAGUGAACAUCUUCGACAUGGCCGGCCAUCCGUUCUUCUACGAGGUGCGUAACGAGUUCUAUAAAGACAGUCAGGGCGUGCUGCUGGUGUACGACGUCGGCCUCCGCGAGAGCUUCGACGCCCUCGACAGCUGGCUCGGAGAGAUGAAACAGGAAAUGGGCUCUCAGGCCAACAUGGACAGCAUCGUGUUUGUCGUCUGCGCCAACAAGGUGGACCUGACGAAGCGACGCGUGGUGGACGAGGGGGAGGGGCGUCUGUGGGCGGAGUCCCGAGGCUUUCAUUACUUUGAGACAUCAGCGCAGAGCGGCGAGGGCAUCAAUGAAAUGUUCCAGGCCUUCUUCUCCUCCAUCACUGACAUGUGCGAGAAUGGCGGGAAGCGGCCCGUGUCCGAGGUCAGCGUGGGUUUCACCAAAGAGCAGGCCGACACCAUCCGACGCAUCCGCAACAGCAAAGACUCAUGGGACAUGCUGGGGGUCAAACCUGGAGCCACAAG